AUGGAUUCUAUCCUUGGAAAUGUAAAGGAAAGGAUAACCAUGCUUUCAAAGACGAAAUUAAAUGCGGUAAAUUUAUUCCACGCUAUAGAUGAACAUGCCAUUUCUCUAUAUAAUUAUUACAUCGGACUCAUUAAUAUUGAACCUCAUGAAUUUGAUUGUAUUGACCGUCAAAUACGACAACUUCUUACGACUCUCAGACUCCAUCUCAAACCUGCUAAUAAAGAGAGGUUAUAUUUAAAUCGGAAAUCUCUUGGGAGAGGACUUGCUUCAGUCUCCUUCAGAAGUGAACUGAUACUUUUCCAGUUCAUGAAAAGUUUAGAAAGACAGUCGACAGUAUGCUUACGGAGAUCGGGAAUCCUGCGUGUGAUACAAACAAAUAAAUGGCAUAUGGCCACAAUUGCAGGAUUUCUCGUCUCCAAGUAUGCAAUUCUCGACAUGGAGAAUUUGGGUGUUGAGUUUAUCAAAGAUGCUCAAAGAAAAUAUUUGCUUAAGAACAUCAAUUGUAAAAUGCUACAUUCGGUUCUAUUCAAAUGCAUGGACGAACAAAAUGUUGAUCUAGCCACAUCCUCAGAGUGGUUAUCUAAAGGAAAUAAAAGAAAGGAAAUAAUAUUUUCCAAAAGUGGAAAGUGGCAUGUUCGUGUCCCAGCGGAGUCAUUUUCACAUUUUUACGAAGUCUUUCUUUAUUCCCUUUUCCUUUAA